AUGGAGAACAAAACCACGGUCACUCCUCUCACACAGCCGAUUGUGUUUGAGCUAGAAGGCUUCGAUGUACCACCAGGCUACGGCCCUUUCCUCUUCUUCUUGGCUCUGUUUGCCUACAUCGUGGUGCUGCUGGGGAAUGUCUGUGAUCUGCUGGCGGCCACUGCAGUGCUGCCUCGCCUCAUGAUGCACUUCCUGAUGGGCCAGAAGAGGAUCGCCUACAUCUUGGCCAUCGCUCAGGCCUUCAGCGUGCACACAUACGGUGCAGCAGUGCAGACUGUUCUGGGUGCUAUGGCCUAUGACAGGUACGUUGCAGUAUGUGAGCCACUCAGGUAUCACGCCAUCAUGACUUCAGCUCGGCUGCACACCUGCUGCGCUCUGGCCUGGAUUGUAGCCCUGCUGCUUAUUGUGGUUCUCUUUUCCUUCCAUAUUAAUGUCCCACUGUGUGGACAAAGGAUCGAUAAUGUCUACUGCAGCAACCGUGGCAUCCUCAACCUGGCCUGCAUUCCUACUCCCACAAACAACAUCUACGGUCUUGCCAUGACCUGGACUUUGAGUACAGGGGUCUUCAUCAUCAUUGCUUUUUCCUACAUCCGAAUCCUGAGUGCUUCUGCAAAACAAGGCAGAAAUGAUAAGAGUGUCCGCAUCAAAGCAGUUCAGACAUGCACACCUCACCUUGUUGUUUAUGUCCUGUAUGAGAUCGCUGCAGUCAUUAUCAUUGUGAGUUACAGGUUUCCCUCCCUCUCCCAAAACAUACGGAAGUUCUUCAGCAUUCUGACUAUGAUUGUUCCUCCAGCAAUCAACCCCAUCAUCUACGGCCUGGUCAGUAAAGAAUUACGCUCCAGCAUCAUUAAACAUUUCCCCACCAAGGUCCAUCCCAAAAGCUAA